AUGAAAGAUUUGGGUCCUUUGAGUUAUUUCUUAGGCAUUGUUGUUACCCGACACAAGAAUUGUUUGUUCUUGUCUCAAACGAAAUAUGCUCAUGACAUUAUUAAGAAAGCAGGUAUGACAGAUUGUAAUCCAGCUUCCACUCCUGUUGAUUCUAAAGGAAAGAUGAGCACUCAAUCUGGUAUUUCUUAUAGAGAUCCUACCUCUUAUCGUUCUUUAUGUGGGGCGUUACAGUACUUGACAUUCACUCGUCCGGACAUUUCUUAUGUUGUACAACAAGUUUGCUUGUUUAUGCAUGCUCCUCAAGUUGCUCACAUGAAUGCCUUAAAACGAAUCAUCCGUUAUAUUCAAGGCACUGCUGAUUAUGGUUUGCAGUUAUACAAAUCAUCUAUUACUUCCCUUAUUUCUUAUACGGAUGCUGAUUGGGACGGGUGUCCUGAUACUCGUCGAUCUACAUCAGGUUAUUGUGUCUUUCUUGGAGAUAAUUUGAUUUCUUGGUCUUCUAAAAGAUGUUCGGUUACACAGGCAACCUUAGUUUAUUGCGAUAAUGUUAGUGCUAUUUACCUCUCUAGUAAUCCGGUACAACAUCAGCGCACUAAACAUAUUGAAAUGGACAUUCACUUCGUUCGUGAGAAAGUCCAACGGGGUGAAGUUCGUGUCUUGCAUGUGUCAUCCCGAUACCAGAUUGCAGAUAUUUUUACUAAAGGUCUGCCUAAGAUUUUAUUUGAUGAUUUUCGGGCCAGUCUCAGCGUUUGCAAAGCUCCCGUUUCGACUGCGGAGGUGUGA